GCGUUUAGUAAAUUUUAUAUGUGCGUGGCUUCACUGUGUUAGAUACUGUUAAAUACUGUAGGAUGCUCCUGACUCAGUGUGUGAUGGGAUGGACUGUGAUGACAGUUCUUAGCCUCUGCCUGCCUGUGUGGAGCGCUGUGGCCGUGACUCAGCCCUACAGAGUGGUGAGCACCAAUGGCACAGCACGGAUCCAGUGCUUCCUCCAACUUCAGGCCUCCCACCACCAGGUCCAACCUUCCCAUGAGCGGUUCUCCUACCCCGAGGAGCUCCGUGUGACACUGCUGAAGGGCCUCUAUGGCUCCCAGGACGUCUGCUCGUCCAUCCUUAACUUGACAGAGCAGAAGGUGGAACAUAAGGAACAGAAGGGAGAGGUGCAGUGCUCAGCUCAGGUCAGAGAUGGCGCUGUGGAAGUGACGAUGUGUGGACUGAAAUCCAUAGACACUGAUCUCUAUCGCUGCAAAAUACAGGUCUUCUACCCACCACCGUACCUGUGGCUUACGGGCAACGGCACACUUCUUCACGUCCUGGACACUCCAGAGUGUCCUGUGGAGGGAGCUCAGAAACAGAUUUCACUUCAAGGUGAGGAAGAACAGGAAGCAGAGGAUGAUGAGGAUGGUGAGAAGGUGGAACAAGUCAGUGUUACUGUUGUCAUAUUGGUGAUACUGAUCGUCUGUGUCCUUGUUGCUGUCAUCUACUUCCAGACCUUCCCCUGUGAACAAGGGAGGACAGAGCUUGUCAGGACGAUGCCAGUUAUGCUUCAGAAAGUGGAUGCUGUUUCAUUUACCUGUGAAAACAUCCCAUGAGAUAAAUGAUUUCCUCCCCCUCACGCAUGAAGAGUCACCUUGUCCAGGGCAGGUUUUAUCGGCCUCACAGCAUUAGAGUAAUGGAUGCAUGUUCUCAGGGUGAGGGUUGUGGUACCAGUGGGGGUCUUUCUUAUCACCUCUAUUUAGAUUGAGAUUUUUUCUUUUAACCACAGAUUGUGUGUCUGUGCAGAUUUUACUUAUUAAGUAUGAAAUAAUGUUUACAUUAUUGUGAACACACAUGUUAAAAGCUUCAGAUUAUUGAGGAUUCUUUAUUGUUGUACUCGACUGAAGCUGAGGAGGCUUGUACUGCUAGCUCUGUAAAAGCUGAAUGUCAAAAAACAAAAACAGUGAUAGCCUGUCAUAACUCCACUAGGAUUCCAUUAAAAAAAAAAACUUCGGCACACAUUUGAAAAGCCCGAUAACCAAUCACAGCAAUGCAGUGUAUAACAUUUUAGUCAGAGCAAUGCAGUGCAGUGUGACAUUUUGUGUCACACAUGGUAGACUCCAUGGUGUUCACAUUACACGAGUACAUUGCUGUAAGUGAAUAAAUAUGUUUUGAGCGUAUGGAAAUUUACCUUAAGUUUACAUAUUUUGUUUGUUGUUGCUGUUGCAAUAUUCAAAUAUUCAUGUUGGAUGUUUCAAAAUAA